AUGCGUUCAAAAUUGAAAGGAAAAGAUACUUCGAAAAUAAAAGUUCCCGUGACAGCAGAAGGACUUAAAGCGUUCGUUGAAGAACAACUUGCUGUCAUUAAUGAACCUUUAUCGUUAAAAAAAUCGCUACAGGGGAAGAUAUGCCAGCGGACGGGUUUGUCCAAAAAGGAUUGGUAUCGUGUGGAAAAAUCAUUAACAGCUCACUUGCAUAAAAAGUAUAAAAACACGUACUUUACGCAACAAUCGAAAGUGGAAAUAGUAAACCAAAUCAUCAAGUUGGAAAGAAAGCGGGAGUUGGAGCGACAGCAGGCAUUCCUUUCGGCAAAUGAAAUGUUGUUAAUAUUUAACCAUAACAUGCUUCCGGAUCUUAAUGGCAAUAUAAAUAACAAAACGCUUGAUGAUCACGAAGUGGUGUUAAUAUCAGACGAGGAUGAAGAGGAAGGUGAAGAAGGAGAUGAGGAAGGUAAAGAGGGAGAUGACAAUGAGGAGGAGGAAUAUGACAAUGAAGAGAAAGAAGAUGGCAAUAAAGAAUAUCAGGGUAGCAAAAGGUCAAGAAAGCGUAAACUGAAAGAAAGCACUGAAGCAUACGAUAAAUACGGAAUAGAUAACGUGAACAUCAAUCGUGGAUUGACGUUCAUGAAGUUGAACGAAAUCAUUGAUUUAGUCGAGGAAUUUCCAGAGUCGAAUUGUUUCGAUUGCAGUAAUAAAAAGCUUCUCCGUAAUUAUAAUUUAGUUAGAGCCAAGCUAGUUGGGCGUAUCAAAGCAUUGAAAAAAGAGCGCGAAAGAGACGAAACAUUGAACCGGCUAAAGGCACGUCUGAAUAAGGUGGCAUACUAUGGAAAUAAGAAUUUGACGGAUGCAGGACACAAUUUGGCAGGCAACAUAGAUCUCAUACUUAGGACGGAGUUUUUAACCAACAGGUUGGCGCGGAUGCUCGAAAAACCAGAGGUUACGAAAAAAGUCCAGGAAAGCAUGUUCAAGAAACUCGACAAAAUUUAG